AUCCCCGUUCUUGUGAUUUCAGGUGCAGAGGGCGCCGUGUUCAGCGGCUCUAUAGAAACACCUCACGUCAGAGCGGAACCCUUCAAAGAACUGCGGCUGGAGUCCCCGACCCGCUCCCUGAUCAUGGAGGCUCCGAAGGGCGUCCAGAUCCUGGCGGAGGCGGGAGACAUCCAGGCCUCCUGCAGGAACGAACUACGCCUGGAGUCCAAGGACGGAGAGAUCUCUCUGGACGCCACGAGGAUCCGCCUGCUCGGUCUGCUGGACGGGAAGGCCUCGUCCUCGUCCUCGUCCUCCUCCUCGGGCACCAGGCAGACGGUGUACGAGGUCUGCGUCUGCCCCAACGGACGCCUCUUCCUGUCCCAGGCCGGCACCGGCUCCACCUGCCACAUCAGCCCGAGCGUCUGCCUCUAGACCCCCCAACACCAACACACUGACCCCCAAACACACUAACCAGAACCCCCAAAUACUACACACCACCCCAAACCCACACCAACUAGACCCCCCAAACACCAGACACUGAACCCCAAAACACACACUCACCAGAACCCCCAAAUACUACAGAUUUAACCCCAAACACACACUAACCCGAACCCCCAAAUACUACACAUUGAACCCCAAACACACACCAACCAGCACCCCCAAAUACUACACACUACCCCAAACACACACCAACUAGAACCCCAAACACAAACAGUGUACGCCAAACACACAUAAUUAGACCCCACACACUGAACCCCAACACACAAACUAACCAGAACCCCAAAACACCACACACUGAACCCCAAACACAAACAGUGAGCCCCAAACACACACCGACUAGACCCCCCAGAAACCUUCACACUUUACCCCAUAACACACACCAACAAACUGUACCCCCAAACACACACCGCCUAGACCCCCCAAACACCAACCACUGAACCCCAAAACACACUCCUACACACUGAACCCCAAAACACACUGAAACCCAAAACACACUCCUGCACACUGAACCCCAAAACACACACCAACACACUGAAACCCAAAACACACACCAACACACUGAACCCCAAAAACACACACGAACAAACUGAACCCCAAAACACACACGAACAAACUGAACCCCAAAACACACACCAACAAACUGAACCCCAAAGCAACAACCCCCCAACCCUCCCACCAUCUACAACCUGCUACCAGCGGGCGACCCAGUGGAACUCAGCCCCUGGCCCCCCGGAUAGACAGACAGGCAGACAGACAGGCUGCCACACAGACAGGCUGCCGAGCAGACAGGCUGCCAGCCACAGGGGCCAGCGGCGGCUCUUGGACUGCUGACAAACUCUCCCUGCGGACAAAUCGCAUCACAAGCAAAAAAGAAACUAUUUUAUUUGUACCUUUUUGUUUUUGCUACAAACACAUCCAUCACACACGCACACAUAUGUACACACACACACACACACGGGCACACACGCAAUAUCACGCACACACACACACACACACACAGAGCAGUACACACUCAGACAGACCAGAGAACGGUGCAGAGAACGGCGGCGCUGGAAAACACAUCUCUUGUUCCUCUCCUCCUUAUUCACCCUCUGCUUCUCUUCUGGCUGUGGCCCAAGUGGUAGGACGCUUCCUUUAAGUGGUAGGAUGCUUCCUUUAAGUGGUAGGAUGCUUCCUUUAAGUGGUAGGAUGCUUCCUUUAAGUAGUAGGAUGCUUCCUUUAAAUGAUAGGAUGCUUCCUUUAAGUGGUAGGAUGCUUCCUUGAAGCAAGGAAUCCUUGAAGCAAGGAUGCUUACUAUAAGUGAUAGAAUGCUUCCUAUAAGUGAUCGGAUGCUUCCUUUAACUGGUAGGAUGGAUGCUUCCUAUAAGUGAUAGGAUGCUUCCUUGAAUUGCUAGGAUGCUUCCUUGAAGUGGUAGGACGCUUCCUAUAAGUGGUAGGAUGCUUCCUUGAAGUGGGAGGAUGCUUCCUAUACGUGCUAGGAUGCUUCCUUGAAUUGCUAGGAUGCUUCCUUGAAGUGGUUGGAUGCUUCCUAUAAGUGGUAGGACGCUUCCUGCAAGUGAUAGGAUGUUUCCUUGAAGUGGUAGGAUGCUUCCUACAGUGGUAGGAUGCUUCCUAUAAGUGGUAGGAUGCUUCCUACUACUACACUGAUACCAAACCAAGUCAUUCUCAAAAAGCUAGCUUAUCUAGCAUCUAGCUUCAUAGAAGAAACCUUGCUAACAGUAAGCUUCCUAGGGACUAGCUCCCUAGCUGUAAGCUUCCUAGUGGCGGGCUUCCUAGCAGUAAGCUUCCUAGGGACUAGCUCCCUAGCUGUAAGCUUCCUAGCGACGGGCUUCCUAGCUGAAAGCUUCCUAGGGACUAGCUCCCUAGUGGUGGGCUUCCUUGAAACUACGCUCCCUAGCGGUAAGCUUACCAGCAGUAAGCUUUUCUAGCAGUAAGGUUCCUCGGGACUUGUUCCCUAGCAGCUAGCUUCCUCCAGCCAGGCACCAGUUUGGGCCUUCGGGCCGGCUCCGCUAGAGACCGUCGAGGACAACAGACCCCCCCUGGGGCCCUCUCCCUCUCCGACCAAGGAGCCCCUUCUCCCCAUCAGUCUUCUGGUCCACGCCAGCGUUCCUCUGGCUGUAAAACCCUCUUCUUCAGAGGGGGAGUUACGAGCCCGCGGGGACGGAUCGGAGCCGGCGUGACUGAUGGCGUUUUUACACCAUAGUUUGUGUAAUACUGUCGACGCACUCAAGGCUCCUUCAGCAUGCAGACGCUGAGGAACGAUGUCCUCUAUGAACGGGACGACACUUUUAUAACGCAGGACUUUAGUUUAUUUUUAUUUAUUUUUUACUGGAAAUAAAUCUGUUUAGUCAAUGUUCAGAGAUAAAAGGUAACGAUACGGCAGCGUCGUCCGCCUAGCGCAAACAUGAAGACCGAAAUGCAAAACGAGGAAGCCUUAGUUUAAGGCGUCGCAGGCGCGUGUCGGAUCAGAUAUAAAAGGAUUAAAGUCAUCGAUUGCUUCCAUAAAGUAGCGUCGGAAAAUCAUGAGUUCUCAAUUCAAACCCAACUUUAAUUAAAGAGGAAUUUCUGCCAAUGUUAGGGAGAUGCGGGCUCCCCAGGCUAGCCGUUGCUCAGGCACCUGUGCUGUGGCUGAUUGGAUUAGGCUCCAGACAGGUUUCUGGUGGGAUAGUGCUCCUCUGAGGGAAAAGGCCCCCGCCGCGGUCUGAACUCCGUCUGAACCCGGCUCACCUCCGCCGACGACCUGGUUCUAAAAUAGAAACCAGUGGGCUAUUAGAUGUCGAAACCAGGUGCACCGGUCGUGAAACGUAACAAACAUAUCAAUACGAUGGUCAGAGAGGAGUUGACGAUGUGGAGAGAGCUGGAGAUUGCUGUGCUGAGGAAGGGAAGACUGUUGACCAGUACGUGGUCUCACCCAAACCCGUUCUCACCCGUACCUGUCUCACCCAUACCUGUCUCACCCUUACCUGUCUCGCCCUUACCUGUCUCACCCGCUCGUUCUCUCUGAUCAGACUCUGGUCCGGUCUGCGUCAGUCCUCCCAGCCCACCACUGUUCAUCCGUUAGAGAAGAGGAGGUCUUGCUCCUCUGUCACAGUUAUUCUGUGUUUGUAGCGUCAGGGGGGAACCUGCAAAGUUGUCCCUCGCCUGAGGUCGGUCGGAUAUUCCUUUGACGUUAUUCGUUCCGAAGGGUGAAUAUUAGUAAUGAGUUUAUAAUAUAUUGCUAACUUUACUGUUGUGUGGAAAGCAAGGACUCACGCACACUCACACUCACACAAUCAUACUCACACAGAUGCAACAGACACACACACACACACACAAACACACGCCCACAAUACAACACACACAACCUGAAAGCCAUUGCUGGGAGGUGUGUUGGCCACCAGUUCAGCCCACUCCAUCUUAUUUAUUUAUUUAUAACAAUAUGUCAGAUCAUAGAGCGAUUGUCUCACCUGGGGGGGAUGGGGGGGCCAAGCCUGUCUCCAUCCCACCGUGUGUUGCUGUGUGCGUUUGUGUUGCUGUGUGCGUUGCUGUGUGAAGGAUGUGUGUUGGUGUGUGCGUGUUGGUGUGCGUGUGUUGCUAUGCGUUUGGUUUGCGGUGGUGUGUAUGUGCGUGUGUUGGGAGGGGGGGGGGGGGUAUAUUUGUGUUCAAUAUUGUUGCGUUGCAGGGUGGGUGGAUAUGAGUUCAUAACAGGAAGUCCACGACUCUGUAGAUUGUCCCGAAUCAAAACAUGGCCAUGUGUACUGACAGAACUGGAAGUGAACCCCUGUGAAGAUCUAGUCACCAUAUCACAGGAUAGACCUAACGAGAGGCUAGAGCUCUGCUGUCCUUCACACAACACGAGGCCAGAAGGGCCCUGGGUCUGAGCUCUCCUGUCCCCCACACAACCCGAGGCCAGAAGGGCCCUGGGUCUGAGCUCUCCUGUCCCCCACACAACCCGAGGCCAGAAGGGCCCUGGGUCUGAGCUCUCCUGUCCCCCACACAACCCGAGGCCAGAAGGGCCCUGGGUCUGAGCUCUCCUGUCCUCUCCUGUCCUCCACACAGCCCCAGGCCAGUAGGGCUCUGGGUCCGCCUGCAGAUCUCUCCUGUCCUCCACACAACCCGAGGCCAGUAGGGCUCUGGGUCCGCCUGCAGAUCUCUCCUGUCCUCCACACAACCCGAGGCCAGUAGGGCUCUGGGUCCGCCUGCAGAUCUCUCCUGUCCUCCCUACUGCGGACACUUUGUGAUGAAAGACUUCAUUCAGUUGCUUUUCAAAGUAAAAGCCAACGGGGUGUUUUGUGACCCUGGGGUUACGGACCUGUACAUAAGCCUUUCAUACAGAGCUACUCUUACUUUCUACUGUCCGCUCGGCGACACGACACCGAGGUGAUGGUCGUCACGGCAACCAGUGGCUGGUGGACCCUGGCUUUUUUUUCUCACAGAUCAAAGUUUGGAGGUCCUUCUGAAAGGGGUCGCUGAUGUUUGUUCAGCGGUCCUGCCCUGAGAUUGCUUCAGAUCUGAACUCUGGUGGGAUAUAUAUUUUUCUUUUUGUUUGCCAGUUAAGAAGCCAAUUCAUGUGUUCACACGGGGACUUUGAUGGGGUUUUGAAUGUUCUUCUUGUUUCUUGUGUUUCUGGUUUGCGCCGUGGCGUGAGGAAGAGGGUUCUCCCACAUUCUAUGCAAAACCAGGGAACACGUUCUAACAGUUCUACAGAAACUAAAUCAAUAAAGUUAUUUUUUAAAACUCAA